UUGUUAUCCAUUAUUUGCUAUCAAGCAGGAAUAAACGAUAGAAAUUGGCGUCAAUCUCAAAUUUAAAACGAUACCUAGAAAAAUAAUUUAAUUUUGAUAUUUUUAAUAAGAAGCAGCACAGUUAAAGCUAAGUGAUAAAAAAACCUAAGAUAGUAGUUAAAACUAUAACUUUCUUUGUUAAGGGUCGGCUAUUUUUUCUUGCCAUGUCUGACUUUUCUUUAAAUAUUUUUACGCUUAAUUGCUGGGGCAUACCUAUUGUCUCUAAAAACAGGAAAGAACGUAUGGAAGCAAUCUCCACAUAUCUACAAGAAAGUUGUCAUACAGUGGUGUGCCUACAGGAGGUUUGGAGUGAGGAUGACUAUCUAUUUAUCAAAGAAAAACUGAAACGCAACCUGCCCUAUUCACAUUAUUUCUACAGUGGAGUCCUUGGAUCAGGUCUCUGUGUUUUCUCGAAGUGGCUUAUCCAGGACGUUUUUUUCCACCAAUGGCCAUUGAAUGGCUACAUCCAUAAGAUCCACCAUGGGGAUUGGUUCGGAGGCAAAGGUGUUGGUUUGUGUCGGAUACGAGUAAAAAAUAGGCUGGUUAACAUUUACUGCACUCAUUUACAUGCUGAGUACCAUGAGGAUGACAUUUACUUAGCACAUAGAACUCUGCAAGCACAUUCCACUGCAGAGUUUGUAAAUCUGACUAAAUCCACAGCUGAUGUAUCCAUCCUUGCUGGAGACCUCAACACAGGGCCUGGCGAUUUGUCUUACAGAUUAAUAACAGAACUUCCAUCACUCAUAGACCCGUACGACUUAGAGUGUGAGAAUACCAACCCUGCUGUUAGGAAAGCCACCGGCACCAACGACAACGCCAACAACAGCUACUCUGAUAAGAAGCAAGUGAAGCUGUGCCCUGAGGGGAAGAGGAUUGAUCAUAUAUUGUACCAUGUCAACUCUCAGUGGGCGGGCGAGGUAAUGAACUUUGGCAACCCACUCGAAGAUAGGGUGCCUGGGCAGCAAUUUUCGUACUCGGACCACAACGCAGUUGCCCUUGAACUGCAUAUGCGGCCGACUGAAGGCUCGUACAAAGACCAAAAGGUCUAUAAGGACGGGUCGCUGGAUGACACGAUUGCAGCUGCCUACAAAGUCUGCGAUGAGGCCUACUCCAACCUGUCCAGAACAAGAAAGCUGUAUUUGUUUGCCGGAGGACUGAUGUUCAUGUUCCUACUAGGCUCAUUCGGUUACUGGCCGGACUACGUAUUUUACAACGUACUAAAGAUAAUUAUCACUGGACUAAGCUUCUAUUAUCUGAUAAUGGGAACUUUGUGGAACAGAAUUGAGAUGAACAGCUUGAAAGCGGGACUGAGCGCUCUUGACAAUUUUGCCAAAAGCAGGAGCCAGUUGGAAAGGGGCAAUGGCGAGCCCAAGCUGUGAUAGUAUUUUUGAUUUUGUUAAUCAAAAUUACAACUACAAUUACAUUAAAAUAUAACAAUCAAUAGCAAAAUUAAAUGUGAUGAACUGAUUCUGUAACGAUAGCAUAAAAUGUUCAAUUAGAAAACACUCUUGUUGACAAUCUACAAAAAGAUAAGUAUAUAAGUUUUAAAGAUCAGUAUUAGGUACUCAUAGGUACUACGAUAUUUUUUAAGUAUAACAGACAACGUUGCCGGUCCCAACAAUAAUGAUUAAAUAUGCCGAAUAUAUACUUAAACAUUGCAAUAUUAUGCUAAUGUAGAGCUCAUGUUGUAAGGUCGGACAACUCUUCUACGGGAAAAGGGAACCUCCUACAGUUUGGGCUCAUGACAUGAGCCCAAGGAGAAAUUAUUAGACGAGCAACGGGGCUGAGGUACAGGCAGCUAAAGCCUGACCAGUAAUAUAUGAUCACGCGCCAUAUUGCGGAAUUUCAUUGAAACUAAAUUUUUCACACUAAACUGAACUGUCACCCUAUACAUGAGAAUAACAGAACCCUCUUGACAAUGAUCGUAUAUUUCUGGUCGGGCAUUGCAAAAAAAAAAUGUCAUUACCUGGCAUGACUAUUAUAUUAUUUUUUUACGUGAGACAGUAUUUACCACUUUUGAUUUCUUUGUUACUUUGAUUUAUUUCUGUUGUAAGAUUAUAAUAUAGUCGUUAUUAUUUUUGUUUCAUCCAUUUUAUGUCACUAUCUAUAUUAAUGGUUAUAUAAUAUGAAAUGUAUGCUACAUUCCAAUAUUUUCAAUUAAAACUAAUAUUUUAAUAAAUAUUACGAAAUAUAAAUGAACUAAAAUUUGUUUGUAUAUCUU